AUGGAGCCUGAGGUGCAAGAGAAAAAGAGAUCAUCCCAGGGUUGGCUUCCUGCCACGCUCAGAUGGCCAUAUCUUCUCUGUUUGGCGAGUCUGUUACUCUUCUUACUGGCGGUGGUUGAGACACUGCGCCAGUACUCUCAGAGGAAAGGAUUCCUCAUCCACUGGAGCUACGCUGAAGAUCUCUCAGGGGCCACUUGGCAAGUUUACACUUACUUGCCCUUGGUCCUUGCCUUGCUCCCCAUCGUUCUCCUGGAUAUCUGCGCCCAGGACGUGUUCCGAUUGGAGAUUUACUUUCAACUUGCGAAACAGGAAGCCACUCCGGCCAGAGUGCUCUUCGCCAAUUAUUGCAGCAAUGGAGUGACAGCGUCGAUGAUUGCGGCUCGAAACCGACACUGGAUUGUGUUAUGCGUCGCGCCGGUAUUUUUGAUCUGUCGCAUGUUUCUUCCUACGUUGGCAUCUGGUAUCAUCAGCUUGGAUGGAACCACUUUCGACGAGAGCAAAACAGUCCACACGUGGCCAUCGAUAGUUGAACUCGAUACUCAAAUGUCUUGGUUCAAUUCUAGCCUCUCGCAUCAGGGAAUGUUAGGCCGCUCUGAUCUGGGCAGCAUGUUCCUAUCCCGCCCAUCAACGUACGCGGCCGCACCUGUCUCGAUUCCCGGGGAUGCCACCGAGAACUCGUUCUUGACCGUCAAUCAGACGGCCUAUUGGUCAAACUUGACCUGUGCCACUCAAUCCUCAUCCGGGGCGAUCAACAAUACAUUCUCAUCUAUUAACUCCACAAGUGGCACGGGGAGCAACCAGCUGGUCUGGUUGUGGCAGAUGCGCGACUUCGAGCUUUCCGGGAGUACCAACGAAACGAAUACAACCCGAUGUCGAAUCAACUUAGACCUUGAAAUUACUUCCAAGUCGAACCAGAGAAGUCUUCACGCACGUUACUGGGCUCCUAUCUCCAACGCAACCGAUACCAACUCAUCAUUUGUCCCAGUCGAUGGAUGUGACUCCUUUGAACUCUUCGGGGUGAUCCUUGAUUCAAAAAUCAUCGACGGAAAUAUCAUGGAACCGAACAUCACUGUGCUUGGCUGCUCGCCAGUGUAUCACCAAACUCAGGCGGCAGUCACUCUCAACAACAACGGCUCUAUCGCAGACUUGCAAACUGACCCCGACAAUAUCAAACCCCUCAAUUCAACUGACUUCUAUGUGCAAGGCUUGCAUGAUGUGAUCUCCGCCAAGUAUACACCACAGGCGCAGGGAAUCGCGGUAUCGAAUUCUUCAUCGCAAAGUGAACGUAAAUUGAACAUCGUGCAGAACAGCAAACCAGUUAAUUCCACCGCAUUUUUCAACGAAAUGCAAUUCUCUUGGAAUGAGAACUUCAUCACCAUCAUCAACAAGCUUUUCAACCCAGCUUCACCCCCAACGACCAUCGAUGCCACAUUAUCAUCUUAUGUGGUGGUCUUGGCGGUUGCCCCCAACACAGCAAUAUUCACAGAAGCAAUCUUGAUCGUUUGUCUCAUUGUUCUUGGUAUGCUGGGAUCAACCUGUCAUCGCCGACGCAACUUUCUGCAAUGGGACCCUGGCUCCAUCGCUGCUCAGUGCGCUUUGAUCUCUCGACUCUUUAGCCCGUCUACUAAGCUGCUGUUUUCACAUACAAACUUCCGCCAAGCAACUACUCGUCAACUCCGCCAGUGGUCCAAAGGGAAAUGGGUUGAAUGGGUCGACGUCUCUGGCGAACCCAGGCUCUGCAUCGUCGGUCGCAACCAAUCCCCGUCUCAUCAGUUGUCACCCCCAGUCAUCAAGAAAGGCCGCCGAGAUCCUCCUCCACACUUUUUGGUUUUCCCUUGGUUCCUGGCUGAGUGUGUUCUACUGAUGGGAGUACUGGCUGCUUUCGGAGUUUGUCUAUCAUACCUUCGGUUGAAAAACAUUGAGGACUACGUGACCACAGCCGCAGCUCUGUCGAUACUGUUUCUGAAUUACGCCCCAACCGCGAUCGCAUCCAUCAUCGGCUCUCUCAUCACUUCUGUAUACCGCAACCUGAGUGCCAUGGAACCGUAUAUCCGCCUCCAGGAGGGAAUGGCCACAGCCAAAGAUUCAAUCAUCGCCAAUCGUGGGUUCAGAACUCCUUAUAUGGCCCUGACCCGAACGCGCCGCCGAAAGCCAGCUCUCUUGUUUGGAAUCUCCGUGGUAUGCCUGGCAGAUCUGGUAUUGCGAGUACUCAGUGGUGGUGUGUUCGAGCCCCAAGUGCAGAUCUAUAGAACUCCAUCUUCCUCGGUGGCCCGUCAAUACUACCCCUCCCUUUUUGAGAGCCAAGCCAACGAGACUGGAGUCGGUGAAUCUAUCAUGGCUGCGAGUCGAUUGAUGAAUAAUGUUUCUUUCCUGCCCUGGGUCUCACCAGAGUACUUCUUCGUCCCAUUCUCGGUUAAACAUCCUUAUCCCGAUUUAUUGUACAGCACAGACGACGCAACCGAUGACGACGACGAAGACGAAGACGAUGACGAUGAAGAAUAUGAUGACGCCGACGCCGACGAUGACGACGCCUGGGCGACAUUUUCUACGAUGUCACGAGGCAUUGGAGCCGACCUGGACUGCCGUACUAUCCAUCCCGAGUUCAAAUCCGACCCAACGCAAGGUUGGAAAUACAGGUUCUCUGGGGGCACCGGAGUACACAAUUGCACAGUCGAAAUCAGACCAGAGACCCUCAAAAACAGCCCCGGUGCCAACUUCACAGAUCGCUCCAUUCAAUUUAUCGCGCCAAACGGAACAGAUACGUGUCAGACAUCGAACCUCUUUAUUUUCGCCUCUUGGAACCAGAACACCGUUUUGAAAAGCGGAUCCACAGGAUGGAUGGCAUUGCAGUGCAAGCCAAAGGUUCUGGUGCAGGAUUUCAAUCUUGAAUUUGAUUCGCGCGGGAUGAUCCAGUCUUACAAGCCUAUCCCCACAGGCUCCAUCACGAAAGGACAGCUAUAUCAGAAUGCUUCAGAUAGCCUCGGGCUAUUCAAUCAACGGCUGACGAGCUUCUCCCAUUCUCUGCCGUCCCGUGAUCCCUCCUCCACACAACGUCACGAUUGGUCCGGACUGUUAACAUCAUCAACCUACGACGUAUUGUACCCGAACAGCACGGAGAUCACCUCCGACCACUUGACAUACGUUGCGAGGACAGUCUAUCGUCGAGUGUUCAGCGCCCAUUUGGCCUUAUGGAGAGACAGAUAUCUCGAACACGUCUCUUUGAAACAGGCAGUGCCUGUCACUGCGACAGCGAUUGAAUCUCUGUGGGGACUAACACCAUCCAAGGUUCUGAUUGUGGCUAUCAUUUGCCUUGUGUGCGUUGACACUUCGGCCCUUGUCGCGGUAUUCAUCCUUCGCUUCAAUAGGUUCAAGGGGUUGCGCACGCCGCGAUCCAUUGGAUCUCUCAUGCCAUUUGUCGUGGGCGGCUCUUUUGCGACAGACUGUGGGGAUAUGUAUGAUUUGACGGAAGAUGAACGCCAUGCUCUGCUUCUGAGUCAAGAUCGAAGAUAUCGACUUGGGGAGUUUGCUGGUGAGACGGGAGACCAGUGGGGUCUUGAUUAUGAUGAUCGACAUCACCCCUCGGAGAUCGAGUUGGAUGAACUCAGAUCUGCAAUGUAA